AUGGGGACCAACACCGUGGGCAACAACUUCCCCGGUGCCGUGCGACCAUUCGGGAUGGUCAAGCUCGGUCCGGAUCUGUACGCUGAGGGCACCGAUUCGUACGCGGGAUAUCUGUCUACUGGCAAUUUCUCCGGGUUCAGCAUGAUGCACGAGCAAGGCACCGGCGGCGCGCCGAAAUAUGGAACCGUCUCGCAGCUCCCGCUAGUUGGCGAUAUCAGUGAUCCCCUUGCCAAUAUCACCGUCUCGCGCUCCGGAACAGACUCGGGCUCCGUGGGCUACUACAAGGCCACGACGGGACAGGCUGUCACUGUCGAAUUGGCCUCCACGGCUCGCGCCGGGAUGUAUCGCUAUAGCUUCCCUUCAGGGUCGCAGAAUAAUGUGCUUGUUGAUGUCUCGCACGUACUUCCCUCCUACCGUGGGAUGGGCCUCAGUCAAAAUUAUGAAGGAGGAGAGCUCGAGGUCUUCGAUGACGGCCAUUAUGAGGGCCAUGGCGUGUACAACAAUGGGUGGAAUGAAGCCCCAGACUGGACAAUCUAUUUCUGUGGCCAUUUCAACUCCACCCCGACCAGUAGCAAGCUCUAUACAGCUACAGGCUCUGGAUCGAGCGUGCAACAGUCCGGCAGCUCUGUCUCAUCAACAUCGAACUCGACCCGAGUAGGCGGGCUUUUCACGUUCGAAGGCCAAGAUGUGGUUUCCCGCGUUGGAAUUUCCUGGAUUUCCACUGAGCAGGCGUGUGACAACGUGGCUAAUGAAAUUCCCAAAGGCACGGAAUUCGAGGCUGUGGUCUCCGAUGCUGUUGCCGAAUGGAACUUGAAGGUCCUGUCCAAGGUCACCACAACCAACACCAACCAGACAACGCUCAACUUGCUGUACUCAUCCCUCUAUUUCAUGCACCUGAUCCCCACGAACCAGACCGGCGAGAAUCCCGGCUGGACAUCAUCCGAGCCAUAUUAUUCCGAUAUCUUCACGUUCUGGGUACGUCUGUGUGACUGUAUGCAAGGAACCAAACUCAACUGA